UUUAGCAGCUGCACCGGCAUGUUUUGAAAAUGGCGGCGCGCAUUAAGAAUGCCGUUAUGGGGUUUAGGAAAGGAAUAUCGAUAUUUUUGUGCUAGAAUGUGUCAUCGUUUUAAAGACUGUUUUUAAAUGACGAACAAAGAAGCAAAGGUGCGUCUGGCGGUUAGCCAGUAUAUCAAAUCUCUGUCUACCUCCCAGGAUGUUCAGGAGGUGACAGACACCCUUCGCAAACUAGUUAGUUAUUUGGACACUGAAUCCCAUGAGGAGAUUUCACCCAGUGAGAGAGAAGAGUUCAACCGGACACAGUACACUGGUAUCUUGAAAUUUCUUCUUAGUAACCUGAAAACCAAAUAUCAUAUCCUCACUUCUGCACAAUGUUCCGAGCUGUGGGAUGGCAUGUUCCUCAGAGGUCCACCAGACCAGGCUCUGCUGGUGCUAAUGGACUAUAUUGGUUCCUCCAGCCCAAGUGCAGGUCUAGACAAGGUUGUGGGUGUGCUGGAGCGAUACCUGCAGAGUGGCCGCCUGGCUGCUUUGCUGUGGUCUCGCUGCCAGGGAUCCUUCUCCCCAGACUCCCCUCAGCUCAGAGAGACGCUCCUGGGACGCUUGGUGUCUCUGCCUGACCUCACAGCCAACCGACUGCAUCCGCAUAACAGACCCCUCUUUCUUCCUGACCAAUACUACCCCCUGCUGGCCAGGGUGUUGAGCACUACACUGGAGAGGACCUGCCAGGCUUUGAGAGAUAAACAGGACUGCUCCCUGAGCUUUGUGGCACAACUUCUGGGGAAGGCCUGUAUGCAGGGCCAUAGUGAGCAUAUGUUUAAAGAGCUGGUGCCACGCCUCUCCACUCACACUCGCUCAGACAUGGUGUGGCAGAGGGUGUGCUGGCGGCUGAUGGAGGACGUUCCAGAGCGCUGGAUGGAGAGCGUGGUCACAGGGCUGGUGCAGGCUGUGGAAGGACCAUGGGCUCUGUCCAGGAUUAUGGGGAACAUUGUGGUGAAGAAUAAAAAGGCUCAGUUUGUCAUCACUCAUAAACUCCUAUUGCUGCAGUAUAAGUAUGAGACCAGAGCAGUGCGCUCCCUGGUGGGAUAUCUGGCACAGGACAGGGAACGACGGCCGCUGCUUGUUCAGGUCCUGCGGUCGCUGUGCCAGACGUGGGCGAACAGCAGCGCGGUCAGGCACACCCCGGUGGAGCAGCAGCUGUACCUGAGCCGGGCCUUGCUGCUGUGCCUGGGGCUGCUGAGCGAGUCCGAGCUGCAGGAGCUCCGCCCAGAACUGCUGCAGUGCAUGCUGGGUGGGAUGCAGUGCCACCUCGACAGCAGUGUGGUGCGGGUGCGCCGCGCAGGCAUGAUUGUAGGCGAGUGUCUGAGUGCCCGUUUGGACGCUGGCGGACCCCGACUCAAAUUCCAGUAUGAGGAGGACGCGGAGGCGCGGGAGCUGCUGUCCAUGAUGGAGCCGCUCCCAGCAGAGGGCGCUGUGCCUCAUGACAGACCGAGCCCUCUCCAGAAUAACCAAAGGUCAGAGACCAAAGAGCGGAGUUCACCUGAAGUCGUUACGCCCCAGACCUCAUCAUUACCACCAGCAGACCAGGACUGUGAUUCAGAGCUGGACAGCGAUGAUGAUCUCACCCCCUACGAUAUGUCUGAAGACAAGGAGAUGACCAAAGCCACGCCACCUCUCUACCUCAGAGACUGCCUGGAGGCUCUCCUAACUUCUGAGGACCCGGAGAAGGUGGAGCUGAGCCUGCGUGCCGCAGCGGGGCUGGUGCGCAAGAACGUCUCCACGGCCAGAGAGGUGAGUGUCCAGCUGACCAAAGUGCUGCUGCACCUGGAGAACAAGUACAACCUCCCAGGGUUUCUAAGCCAGCGCCAGGCUGCCAUGAUCGCACUGACUGUAACGGACUGCAUUCCGGUGACUGAGUUCUUGACCACAGAGUUCUACAGUCUGAAUUACAGUCUGCGGCAGCGGCUUGAUAUAUUAGAGAUCUUGGCUCUCUCAGCCCAGGAGCUGUCUGAGCCAAUCACAGAGAAGAAUCGGCCUACCCAGGGGAAUCAGCCAGUCAGCACAGUGAUGCCCUUGGACCCCUCUGAUGCUCCCUUGCACUGGCAGAAGGUUGUGGAGCGCCGGAUUCAGAGCAAGACAAGACGCUUUGCUAAAGGAGUUGCUCAGCCCCCUGCUAGUGCCUGUCCAAACCGCUUUGCCCCCGUCGCUGGAUUCUUCUUCUUCCCUUUGCUGCGCAGCUACGACAGGCCUCAGGUUACCUUUGACCUGCUGGGAAGUGACCACUUGGUACUUGGGAGACUUAUCCACACACUGGGGCUCCUGAUGCACCUGGCAGUCAAUGCCCCGGUGGCCACUCAGAUGGGCAGAAGUUUGCUGGACUUUGUGUGGGCUGUGCGCUACCAUGCAGACCAGGUGGUACGACGGGGUGUCUUGUUUGCUAUCUGUUCGGUGUUCCUGAGCAUGCCCAAUCCGAACCUACUGUCAGAGCUCAGCGAUCAUUUGCUGGAGACCAGAGCCUGGCUGGCAGAUGUGGCGGAGAGGGACCCAGACUCUGACUGCAGGAGCCUGGCCAUGCAGUGCCUAGUGAUGCUGGAGAAGAGUUUGAAAGCAGGGCUGGAACACCCAACCAUGGCUCUCCAGCCAUAACAGGGGGCGGGGGUGCUAAAAAAGGUGGAGAAGAGGGGCUUGGGGGGCGGAGGGUUGGGUGGCCUUCUCGUAAACGGGUCUUCAUACAGGUCUGUCGCAUCCGGAACAGUGUGUCCAGCCAGAAUGCUACCACACACAGUACGCACGCUUCUAAGCCAUUUUCUUGCCGAAAUAUUUAUAGACUGGUCAAGAGGAUGGGAGUCACUGGGACAGAAAUAAGCCUUUGGAAUUUUAACAAGGAAGGAGGCUGUCUUUUUUCUCUCUUUCCUGUGCCAGAGGAUCUGGCCCAAAAUCCUUCUUCUGUACAGGUGUUUACAGAGGAAGUUGUGUCACCCCCUGCCCCCACAAACAGUCACAUCCUUCUUCCUUACUGCAAACGAAUGUGUAUGUUCUAUAUGCCCCUCAAGUGUGUCCUUUUUUUUUUGCUGUUCAUGGUAAGCGUUGCAAUUAAUUUUUUAUUUUUCUUCAGUGAUACCAACAGUAAAGUGAUGGAAUUAAUGUAUAAAAACCAAAAAUGAAUCUUGUGUAGAACAGAAAGACAUUUUCAAUAAAGAAAAUAUGAUUGCACUCA